CCCCUCGCUGUGGCUCAGUGGCUCUCCCCCACUUGCAAAUUCCAAACUCCGAACACACCCAGUUGCUCAGAGACUGAGAAAAUGAGGGAGAUCCUCCACAUCCAGGGAGGCCAAUGCGGGAACCAGAUCGGGGCCAAGUUCUGGGAGGUGGUGUGCGCAGAGCACGGGAUCGACCCGACCGGGCGGUACCAGGGGGACAACGACCUCCAGCUGGAGCGCGUCAACGUCUACUACAACGAGGCUAGCUGCGGCCGCUUCGUCCCCCGCGCCGUCCUAAUGGAUCUCGAGCCCGGCACCAUGGACAGCGUCCGAUCCGGCCCCUACGGCCCCAUCUUCCGCCCUGACAACUUCGUCUUCGGCCAGUCCGGCGCCGGCAACAACUGGGCCAAGGGCCACUACACCGAGGGCGCCGAGCUCAUCGACUCCGUCCUCGACGUCGUCCGCAAGGAGGCCGAGAACUGUGACUGCAUGCAGGGCUUCCAGGUCUGCCAUUCCCUGGGCGGUGGCACUGGCUCCGGGAUGGGGACCCUUCUCAUUUCUAAGAUCAGAGAGGAGUACCCGGACCGGAUGAUGCUUACCUUCUCUGUUUUCCCUUCCCCUAAGGUCUCCGACACCGUUGUUGAGCCCUACAAUGCCACACUCUCUGUUCAUCAGCUCGUCGAGAACGCCGAUGAGUGUAUGGUUUUGGACAACGAAGCUCUCUACGACAUUUGCUUCCGAACGCUCAAGCUCACUACUCCAAGCUUUGGAGACCUGAAUCACUUGAUUUCAGCGACCAUGAGCGGGGUUACUUGUUGUCUUCGCUUCCCUGGUCAACUCAACUCCGAUCUCCGCAAGCUUGCUGUUAAUCUUAUCCCAUUCCCAAGGUUGCAUUUCUUCAUGGUUGGGUUUGCUCCACUUACAUCCCGUGGAUCCCAACAGUAUCGUGCCCUUACUGUUCCCGAGCUCACCCAACAGAUGUGGGAUGCAAAGAACAUGAUGUGUGCCGCUGAUCCCCGCCAUGGCCGAUAUCUAACUGCUUCUGCUAUGUUCCGUGGCAAGAUGAGCACUAAGGAAGUUGAUGAGCAGAUGAUUAAUGUGCAGAACAAGAACUCCUCCUACUUUGUUGAGUGGAUCCCCAACAAUGUCAAGUCUACUGUUUGCGAUAUCCCUCCGACCGGUUUGAAAAUGGCGUCAACAUUUAUCGGCAACUCGACAUCAAUUCAGGAAAUGUUCAGGAGGGUCAGUGAACAGUUCACGGCAAUGUUCCGCAGAAAGGCUUUCCUUCAUUGGUACACAGGAGAAGGAAUGGAUGAAAUGGAGUUUACGGAGGCAGAGAGCAACAUGAAUGAUCUAGUUUCUGAGUACCAGCAAUACCAAGAUGCCACAGCAGAUGAGGAGGGGUAUGAUUAUGAAGAUGAGGAGGAAAUUCAGGAGGAGGAGGCUUAAAUCGUAUUUGAUUUCUGUUUCUUUUCUCUUUCUGCUUGUUGCUAUCAUAUUGUGCUGUUAAUGUGUCUUAUUUGGGGCUUUGGAUUGUUGGAAUGUGGUUGGUUUUUAGGCUUGUUAUCUUUCGUUUGCUUUUGGUGUCUGUACCUUAGGAGUCUUCUUUUUUCAGAAUUGAGGUGUUAAGGAUUAGUUUGCAAUUGCAUCCCCUUUCUGCCUGUAGACUCUUAUUUGCUUGUAGUUAUGGAUCGUGUUGUAGACUACGGAGUUUUGUUAUUCAGAAAUGCUAUUAUGGGGUGUAAA